CGUAGCGCGGUGGUUAGGGAGGGGGGAGGACGGUGUGGUUCCACCGAGGUUAGUCCUUUAAACCGAGCUUUGGACCGGACAGACGCUUUCCUCCUGUUCACAAUUAAACUCACAUCAACACGACAAGAUAAAGCAAAGAGGAAGUAAAGUUCAGCAGUGUUUUCUGGACUGAGGUGAAGUUCAACAGUCGUCAUGGCAGACGAAGCAGACAUGCGCAAUGAGCUGGCCGACCUGCAGACACGUGCAGACCAGAUUACUGAUGAGUCCCUGGAGAGUACUCGGCGUAUGCUGUCUCUGGUCGAGGAGAGUAAAGAUGCCGGCAUCAGGACUCUGGUCAUGUUGGAUGAGCAGGGAGAACAACUUGAUCGUGUGGAGGAGGGCAUGAACAAGGUGAACGCAGACCUGAAGGAGGCCGAGAAAGAUUUAAAAGAUAUAGGACAGUGCUGUGGUCUGAUAUGCCCAUGUGUUAAAAAGUUUAAGGGCGGGGGCCAGACCUGGGGAACGAACCAGGAUGGAGUGGUGAACAGCCAGCCAGGGGCUCGGGUGGUAGACGAACGUGAACAGAUGGCCAUCAGCGGGGGCUUCAUCCGCAGGGUAACAGAUGACGCCCGGGAGAAUGAGAUGGAUGAGAACCUGGAACAGGUGGGCGGGAUCAUUGGCAACCUGCGUCACAUGGCCUUAGACAUGGGCCAGGAGAUCGACACCCAGAACCGCCAGAUCGAAAGGAUCAUGGAGAAGGCUGAUUCCAACAAGACUAGGAUUGAUGAGGCCAACCAGCGUGCAACAAAGAUGCUGGGCAGUGGCUAAACGACAGCUUAAAGUGCUCUCAUCCCUGGUAAACCCCAGUGACACCAACCAAACCCCGGCCCUGCCCCCAACACCAAAUGCCGACAGCAGGCGCUGCAAAGUCAUGCUUUUAUUGUGAUACUGGUAGAAGUUUGCACACAUGCACAUAUCAUACAUUGCUUCCCUCCCUUGCUCUCUGCCCUACACCUACCUUACACCUUCAAUCCCCUACAAUGUUGUUAAUGUUGCUCUGUAACGUCACUUUUUUGGAUUUUGCUAGUAAAUAGUUCAGUUGAGCAUCAUCCACUCAAAUCUUAUCCACACUGUAAAUAGUUGCACUUAAAUGGCUUUUGUGACUUAGAUCACUCAUCAUCUUCUCUUCAUGCUUUUCUUUUUUUUUAAGUCUUUGUGUAAAAUAAACCAUAUGUAAACCUUGUUUCCACAGUAUCCUUUCCCCGUCUCAGUAUUCUGGUAUUGUCUGGCUAUGACUGUGUAUUAAUCUGAUAGGAUGUAUUAAACUACUUGCUGCAGCUGUACCAAAAGUAAAUGCUGAGCACUGUAUACACGUAUGUAGAUGUGAACCUGUUCAAAAUUUACUAGUCACAUAAUAGAAAAUUCAACAUUGACCGAAAUGUGACUUUUUUCGGUAUGCCAGUGAAUUACCAAUCUCAUUAUUGGAACAGGGUUACAAGAAUUGAAUGCCACAGAUUUUGUAGUGCAAACAUUUUCCUCAGGGACUGAAAAUCUUACAACACAAAAGCAAGGUUUGAAUUAUUCAUAAAUGCAUCAGAAGUUCAUAUUUGUAUUAUAAGGCUCUGUUUAUAAGAGAACAGUGUGGUUGCACUUGUUUAUGGUCUACGCUGCAUCACUAGGGAGUGAAUAUGAUACCUUUAACAGAGAUUCACUGCAGUCAGUCCAAGUAUUGAGCACAUUUUGUGAAGGGUCAAGGACCUCUUCGCAUAAACAGAUGACCCAUUCUACAACCAAAGCAAUAGAGCAUUAGGUGUUUUAAGCACAUCCUUUUCUUUCAUGGGAAUAAUUCAUAUAACCAGGCAAACAAUCCCAACUUGGCAACAGCAUGCUACUUCACGUAGCAUACAGAGAAGCUUAUAUCUGUUUUGCAAUAGUGCCACUCUGUUCUGUGUCUCCUUAUCUUUCCAGACUGUGAUCAUCACUGUAAAAUAAUAUGUACCUUGUUAAAUGCCAAUAAAACCAUCUAAACUGUAGGACCAAA